GGUCUAGGCGUGCAAGAGGCAGCAUAUGCUGAGUAUGUGUUGUAAUGUGUGUGUGUGUGAGUAUAGAGUCCAAAGCUGCGCUGGAGUCCAGGAGACAUCUCACUGAUGCAAGGAUUCCCCUGUUUGCUCCCUGAGAGGACACGUGCUGACGGUGUUUUAACCACCACAGGGAAUUAACUGUUACACAUACUUGGGAAAACACUGGGAGCUUAAGUAAAGGGAGAAACUGACACCGCCGUUUGAGGAUGUGUGGAGGAUCAUGCGGUCGGUGAAAGAUGACACCGGACAGAAUCUGGUGAUGCUGCUGCUUAACCACAGUUGAAUCAUGGGAAAUGUGGAGAGUCAGAAUGGGGACAGUGGAUUCUACGGCGAUGUGACGGGACAUCUCUCCCGGAAGCACACGUCCCGGUCACUCCGUCUCUCCAGCAAGCAGCCAAUCACCCGCCGUGCCCGGCACUCUUCUUCAGUGAAACAGGAACACAGAAACUCUGAAGCCUCAACUCGCUCCUCCAGCACCCCUAGCAUCCCACAAUCCUUAGCAGAGAACGGACUGGAACCUUUCAACGCGACAGAUGCGUUUGAGGAGUUCGGCAUCAACCCUCACUGGACACAGCGCGUCGCUAUGACAAUGAGGCCGGAGUCCUAUCAAAAUGAUGACGACCCUUUGGCCACUCCAACUCCUGAAACCUCCGAGGCAGACACUAUCGCUCAGGAUGGAGGCGAGGACUCCAUGGGGGAGGGAGAGGGAGACGUGGUUGGAGAGGAAAGGUACCUCCAACGAAUGACUGAGGGUCCACGUGAGGGAGGGAGUUUUAAAAAGAAGCGGUCCAAGUCAGCAGACAUGUGGAGAGAAGACAGCCUGGAGUUCUCUCUGUCUGAUCUGAGCCAGGAGCAUCUGACCAGCACGGAGGAGAUGAUAGAUGGAGGAGAAGAAGAGGAGGAGGAGCAGUUCACACGCCCCAGAGCCAAUGCAGGCUCAACUGAAAGGGCAUCAUCUCUAGACCAUCUGUGCAGCCAGCAGAGUCCUGGCCUCAGGGGACAGAAGAGCCGCUACGUAAAACAUCGGAGAGAGACCGAGUGCGAUGGAGAAGGGGAGGAGGGGCUGAUGUCUCCAGCCGAGGAGGAUGGCGGCGGGUAUGGAGCAUUCACGCUCCCCUGCAGACGCUCCCACUGCCUGUCUGAGGGCUUAGCAGGGCUCGGCAUCCCGGCUGCACCGUGCCCUGCUUUCCAAGGACGCCGAGCACAAACUACUCAGGACAUCUCUGGUGUUUUGGGCGAGGGCAGUGAGUAUGGCGACAGCGGCAUUGAUGGCGUAACCAUGGAGAUAGACGGUGACGGAGAGUUGGUGUCACGGCGCUGUAAGGCCAUGUCUGCCUCUUUCUCAGUAUACUCGGCUACUGAGAGCAGUGUUUUCAACGGGAGCGACAGUGGGAGCAGCAGUGCAGGAGGAGGAGAAGGAAGAAGCGGAGAGGGAGGCAGGGGAGGAGUGUAUGAGAAUUUCCGGAAGGAGCUGGAUAAUCAAGCCUGGGCCCAUCAGGGUCGGGACUGCACGGAGGAGGCUUGCUCCGCUGUGAGUGAUGAGCAGAGCAGUGGCACACUCAGUUGUGCGUAUCCAUCGGACACUCCGAUUGGCUGUGCACAAGGCAUAGUCAGGAAAGCAGGGGCUCUGGCUGUGAAGAACUUCUUGGUUCAUAAGAAAAACAAGAAGGUGGAACCUGCAACACGUCGCAAGUGGAAACACUACUGGGUCUCUCUCAAAGGCUGCACUCUCUUCCUGUACGAAUCAGACGGUCGUUCUGGCAUCGACCACAACAGUGUUCCUAAACAUGCACUGUGGGUGGAGAACAGCAUUGUUCAGGCUGUCCCUGAACACCCCAAGAAAGACUUUGUCUUCUGCCUCAGCAACUCAGUGGGAGACGCUUUUCUCUUCCAGACGUCAGGCCAGACAGAACUGGAGAACUGGAUAACGGCGAUCCACUCUGCAUGUGCCGCUGCUUUGGCCCGUCAGCAUCACAGGGAGGAUACGGUGCGACUGCUGCGAACCGAGAUCCGCAAGCUGGAGCAGAAGAUUGACAUGGACGAGAAGAUGAAGAAGAUGGGAGACAUGCAGCUAUCCACCGUCACAGACGGCAAAAAGAGGAAGACCAUACUGGACCAGAUCUUCCUGUGGGAGCAGAACUUGGAACGGUUUCACAUGGAUCUGUUCCGCUGUCGGUGCUACCUGGCCAGUCUGCAGGGCGGCGAGCCCCCCAACCCCAAACGCCUGCUGGGCAAUGCUUCGCGUCCCACCAAGCUGGCCAUGGGACGACUGGGAAUCUUCUCUGUCUCUUCCUUCCAUGCACUGGUGUCAGCCCGUACAGAAAGCAGCAUCAGGAAGCGCAACCAGGCCAUGCCUCGUACCUUCAGUAAACGUCGUAGCCGCUUCUCCUCACUGUGGGGGUUGGACACGACCUCAAAGAGGAAGACCACGGGACAUCCUUCAAUCAAUCAGGUGUUCGUUGAUGGAAUGGAGCCAGUGAAAAAGCCAUUGGAGCAUAUGUUUGAAGACACCGCAAGUGAAAAAUCUAAGGAGAAAGCAGGCUCGGUGAAAAGUCUUCCUCAGCAAAACGUAGACAGCGACAUUUGGGUUCCUGAUUACCUGAGUCCCUCCUGGGUGUGUCUGCCGAACAAUCAGCCUGUCCUGGCCAUCAUACAGCCUGGCGAUACAGCACUGGAAGUCCUGAGCACCGUGUGCAAGACUCAUAAGAUAGACCCCUAUGGCCAUUACUUGCGUUUGAAGGUGUGGAUUGACAACCAAAUCCUCUUUUUUGUUCCCAAGCGUGAAGAGGACAUCUCUGAUCUGCUCUACAAAGAGAUUGAGAUUUGCCCCAAAGCUACCAAGGUGAUCCAGUUUGACAAAGCAGAGUCCUGCACCAUUGGAUACGGGUUUUCUGUGGCAGUUAUAGAUGAGGACGGGAUGCAGCAGCUCCAUAUUACUGAAGUGAAAGCAGAGGGACUGGCCUCAGCUAAAGGUUUGAAAGCAGGGGAUGAGAUUCUGUUGCUGAAUGGUAAAGCUGCAUCUGACCUCCAAAUGGAUGAUCUGAGGGCUGUGUUUGUAAACCAAGCGUUGACCUUAAGUGUCAGUACCCUCUCCCAGCUGGACCCUCGGGUGCUUUGCUCCUUUCCACCACGGCGCUCCGAUGGGGAGCAAGAUCUGGCCACAGACAUCUUCUCCCAGAGCCAAGAGGACAUCCUGGAUGAGGUGUCAGGGUUGACAGUGAAUAGCCCAGAUGAAAGUUUGGAGGAAGGAUCUCUGCUGACCCUACAGAGCAGAGGAGGUCAUCAGGAAGACAAAACCUGUAUGGGAUCUGGACAGAAGAGCACAGAGCAGGUCACUGCUUUCUGCCGCAGUCUCCAUGACAUGAAUUCCCUGGAGUGCCCUAUGUCAUCCUCCUCAUCGUCGUCUUCGUCAUCCCUCUCCCCGAGCCCUGUGUCAGCUUUACCACCCACGGCGGGCACUGCUACGCAGAGACAGCUCUCCCAUGCAGACAAACUCCGCAAGGUCAUCAAUGAACUGGUGGAGACGGAGAAGACUUACGUAAACGACCUGAACUGCCUGAUAGAAUGCUACUUGACGCCUCUGCAGAAAGAGAGCUUCCUUACGCAGGAUGAGCUGGACGUUUUGUUCGGUAACCUUGGCGAGAUGGUAGAGUUCCAGGUGGAGUUUCUCCGGACGCUGGAAGAUGGAAUCAGGCUGGUGCCCAAUCUGGACAGACUGGAAAGGGUGGAGCAGUUCAAGAAAGUGCUGUUCUCCUUGGGUGGUUCAUUCCUGUAUUAUGCUGAUCGCUUCAAGAUCUACAGCGCCUUCUGCGCCAGCCACACCAAGGUCCCAAAGGUCCUGGCUAAAGCAAAGACCGACCCAGAUUUCAAAGCUUUCCUGGCUGAGAGAAACCCCAGACAGCAACAUUCAUCCACUCUAGAGUCUUACCUGAUCAAACCCAUCCAGAGGGUCCUGAAGUACCCACUGCUGCUAAAGGAGCUGUACUCUCUCACUGACUCAGACAGUGAGGAACACUACCAUCUGGAUGUUGCAAUGAAGGCCAUGAACAAAGUUGCGAGCCACAUCAAUGAGAUGCAAAAGCUUCAUGAGGAGUACGGUGCGGUUUUUGACCAGCUCAUCAAUGAACAAACUGCAGAUAAAAAAGAGGUGGCUGACCUGUCGAUGGGGGAUCUUUUGCUGCAUUGUACUGUGGUGUGGAUCAACCCUCCAGCCUAUUUGGUCAAGAGCAAAAAGGAUACUGAAUUGGCUGCUUUUGUGUUCAAAACAGCAGUUGUAUUUGUGUACAAAGACUGCUCCAAGCACAGGAAAAAAAUCGGUGGAACUCACCGUGCGACUGUGAGCGAUGACAAAGAUCCUUUCCGUUUUCGUCACAUGAUCUCAACGGACUCUCUGCAAGUCCGCUCCCUUGCAAACUCUGAGGGAACGGCAGUGUGUGAGGUAGUUCACACAAGAUCUGAAUCUGAAGGAAGACCAGAGAGAACCUUUCAGUUGUGCUGCAGUUCUCCAGAUAGUAAGAAGGACUUCCUAAAAGCAGUCCACUCCAUCCUUAGGGAAAAGCAGCGCCGCCAGCUUCUUAAAACAGAGUCUAUGCCACCCAACCAGCAGUAUGUCCCAUUUGGGGGCAAACGUCUAUGUGCCCUCAAAGGGGCACGGCCCGCCAUGAACAGAGCAGCUUCAGCACCAUCACGAACGUUAUCCCAUAGGAAACUCGUGAGGAGCCGCUUCACAAUCGAUACAGACCUGGUUUUCCAUGGCGGCGGCAACAACAACAGCAAUGAUGCAGACCCCUCCCGCCACUCUUCCUGCUCGCAGCUGUCACAGCAUGCUCUUCAGUCCCGUAAACCUCAAGAAGAGGACACGGACCGUUGGGUGGAAGAGCAGUUCGACCUGGGUUGCUAUGAAGACCAGGGUGAGGGCAUCAACAUGGGGCAGCUGAAGGAGACGGACAUUCUGAGCGACGACGACGAGUACUGCAAGUCUGUCCGGGCCGCGUCAGCAGAACCGGCCGACCUGGAGAGGAAGAUGGAAGGACUCAAACUACAGGGCGGAGAGGUGAGGAGCCACAACCUGAAUGGACGAGUAGAGACCCGAAGUAUAAUGCAGGAGGAGGAAGUUGAUCGAAUAAAGCACGUUAAUGAUUCAGGCUCGGUAGACUCAUUCACCUCCUGCGGUGUCUCUCUGUCCCGCCGUGCAACCCCGACUAUAAAGCUUGCCCCCUUGAAGCCCCCUUGCUCCCCUUGUGCUGUGGUGGGGACCACAAACAAGGACCAUGACGUCAUCUGGGUACGGCGGGACGAGUUUGCUAACGGGUGCAACAGUGACGUCUUCUGACGGGAGAGAGAGAUUGGAUACAAGCUUUAAAUAUGUCGAGUUUGGAGGAGAAAAUGUGUAAAGAUGGUAUCAGACCUCAGCCAGUCCUCCCUGUGUCACUGCACAACCCUCUUCUUCCCACCUUACCUGCUUCUUCCUUGUUCUGACAAUCCUAAAGAACUGAAACAACAAAGUGAGUAAGGAGAAGUUAAUAAUGCACCACUUCAUUUGUUGAGCCCUAGAGAUUCUCAUCCUGAACUACUUAAAAGUGCACCAGAAAGAAUACAGGUUCCUCACUGUUUUGGACAUGCACCCGGGGAUCACACAACACCUGUGGAAUUGUAUUUAAAUGUAUGACCAAGACAGCACUGCAUGUACACUCAAGUAGACAAGCAAUUGUGUGUAUGUAUACUGUACGUGCUUAUAGUGCACAGACAGAGACUCUAGGCAGCUAGUGUACCAUGCACGCAUUGUACUGAAGCGACGUCAUCACUGAACUGUGACCUUGUGGCCAAAAAUGUCUAUUUUUCAACACAGGAAUGUGGGUGUUAUAUUUUUUUGACUCAAACUGUUUGUAUUUUAACACUCAAGGGCUGUGUGUUACUGAACUUCUCUUCAGGGGCUUUUGGCUUAAAGACUGCUGUGUAGCAUACGGUGAGAUCCAAAUAGCUUUAUUGUGUUUUUUUGUUUGUUUUAACUUAAUAUCAGCUGCACAUUGGUGUAUAGUUGGGAGUACAGUAGAGUGCUUUUAACUUUUAUGAACAUGUUUUAAGGCUCAUUUGUCUCCUAGCAUAUAGUUUUUAUUGUCUACCUAUUCUUUAUUUAAGUAUUGCCUUUUUACUGUAAUUUUUAACAUUUACCCCACAUUCAAUUGCCCAGUGUUACAAACCACCUUUUGUGUGUUUAGUAACAGAAACAAGCUUGGGGAGAACCAAUGCUUAUGCCCUUCACAUGAAUGUCCGGUCUCUUAAUUUUUGUUGCUCAAAUUAAAAAGCCAUUGUCAUUUUAGUAAUUGAUGGAUUUCAUCAAGGACAUUAAUAUACUGGACCCUUUCUUGCCCCCACAGGCUGUGCUCUCUCCAUGCUCCAUGUCCUUGAUAAAUAGCAUAAUUCCUACACAAUCCUGUUUUACUUGAAUUUUCUUUUUGUUUGUUUUGAAAGGAGGUACUCAACAGAGCUGUGUUAGUGACUGUACUGUAAAGCUGAUGAUGCAUGGGGCAACUUUUUGAGCAAUGCUGCUGAUCAAUCUUGCUAGUGGCAAGUCCGACUAUGUUUUGAAUGCAUAGCGGCGGUGCAGGGCAGGUUGCGGCGUGUUGGGGGAAGGGGAUUACAGUAGUAGUCUUUACUCAUUACCAUUGACGGCAACGUUGCCCUGCCCGAUUGCUCUAAAAGUUGCUCUGUGUAUCAUCAGCUUAACUCCAAGGAGAAGGGCAAUCAUGCAGUUGCCCUGUCAUCCUCUGACCAAUUCAGAUAUUUUUUUCUGCUCUCUCCAGCUCCUUUUUGACCUUUGGUCAUGUCAAGGAGUAUCACAACCACAAAGAAAGCUGGCUGAGACAGACUUCACAUCAUAACGUUUGACAUCAAUCCCUACAAUAUUGCCAUCUCAACCCUCCUGCAUUUCUUCUCCUAUCCGCCAGGCUGUGCUGUUUCACUGGUAUUACCACAACAUGCCGACUGCCUAGAUCACAGAGUCAUGCGCACAUUAAUGGAUGUAUACAUGCACUUAAUAACUGUGAAGGGAGAAAUCUGCAAGCUAAUGAGUGUUAGGAGGGAAACUAUACACUUUGGAUGUUCUUAUUGUCUUUUUAUUAAUAUGCUGGUUUCUUAGAUUUUAGCUUACUGGCUGAUGAUGCCCAGUAAAGAUGUUCCGACUGUGAGGUACAAUCACCUGGACUUGGAGGCAAAUCCUGUGAGAACCCCUUUGACUCCUCCCUUUGUACUUUUUAAACUGUGUUCGUACAUACAACUGUGGAGUAUUAUCAUUUCUGUUAAAAUAAAUUUUCUAAAUUUA